AUGGUAAUUCGCUGUAGCAGCAGGAGCAAGAUUCUGGUGUUACUUGCCCAGGUGGAAAAUUUAUUUGGAAAGCUAGCUCCGUUCGCGUUACCUAAAUUCAUCUCGAAACUUCAAAGCCACCGUGGAAUCCCAGACGUUGGUAAGUUUCUCUCCCGAGAAAGCAUGAUUGAGCUGAAUGAAAAAAAUGUGAAGAUAUUUCAAACAGUAGCAACCCUUCUUAAACAUAACGUGAACUGUGCUCUUGAGACGGCAUCCCAGCAAAGUAUAUGUACUCAACAUGCCUGUCGGGGUCCUCCGAAAGACGAAAUGAGAGAUUCCAGAGCUGUUAGGGAAGGUAAACCUGCCUUCGGAAAUUGCCGAUUUCUCAUGAAUCGUAAGUUUGUAAGAGAAGUGAGCAUCCAUACCCAGAAAAGGUAUAAAAAAAUUCGACAGAAAUCCCAGAAAGUUUCCAAGAACCCGACCCACGUCCAGUGGCUAAAACCCAAAACCCUGCCCAGACUUCCACCUCAGCCCCUGUUGAGCGACCACCAUUUCGGCCUGCGGGGAAGCCCUGUGAAAGCCUCUCCUUCCCAAGCUCAGGCUCCAUUGAAGAUUGAACCUCCGCCACCAUCACCAUCUCGUUCUGCCACCGAGUCCCAAAAAUCUUCUAGUGCAACAACUCAAACUCGGGUUGAAGUUGAUUCCUCUCCAUCCUCACCAUCUCGUGCUGCCACUGAGUCCCAACAAACUUCUAGUGCAACAGCACAGACUGGGGUUGAAUCCUUUCGAUCCUCACCAUCUCACACAGCCUCUCAACUCCAAGGAGCAUCACAAGAAUCCCCUCACGCGCAAUUGCAGCCCCACACUCAAGAGAACUCUCCGCUUCCUUCCUUGUCUGCUGAAUCUCCAUCACCUGCCACUCAACCAGAACCAAAGGAACCAUAUGCAGAAAUCAGCACAUCCGAAACUAUUCCCAAAGCUCAGAAUAAGACUCCAACCGCAGAGCAAACUCAUGCAGCUUCCACAGAAGCUGUAGAAACAGUUGCUUCACCCGAGAAGGCAGAUCCUGAUACCGUUGGCGGAGAUCAAAAGCACCAUGCCGAAUCAGAGACGGAGUCGAAAGAGCAUGAAGAAAGGGAGAAAGUACUGCGAGCACUGAUAAAAGAAGAAAGGAAACGACACAAAAAGCAAGAAACUUUUGACAGAAACGAGACAUUAGGCAGCACCACCUCCAGUUCGAAACCAACCCAAACUCCAAAAGACAGAAGCACCUCAAGGGUGUCUAAUCAGAAGAUGGUUUCAUUGACCGCGGAACAAGCUCCCCUGCAUAAAGAAAUCAAGGAAGCUGCUUUGGAAAUGAAUAAGUUGGCCACUGAGGACCAAAUGCUUGAAAAACCAGUUAGCAUCGUAACCCUAUCUGGUGAAAACAGAGGAGCAACAAUGCACAAUAGCUCAGAACCAGAAAACGGAGAAGAAUUCAUGCCCAUACACCGCAGUUAUAAGACCAAUCCAGAUGACAGCCUGGAAGCUACUACUGAUGAAGAGGAAAGCAGCGAGGGGGAAAAUUUCGACCAGACGAGUCAAGAUCAUCAGAGGAUAGCAUAUACCAACAGCAAUGUACAGAGUAUCAAUAAUUCUAUCGUGUUCAAUACUUCUGUCGCAGAAAGGAAUCCGGGUGUUCAGUCGGUUUUUUCUCAAAAGCCAGCAGAACCAUCAAGCCAAACGGUAAAUCAAAGCCCCUCGAAACACACAAGGCUGAAAUAACACAAACACCUGAGAAGCUUAGUCCACUGUGAGACGGAGGUGCCCUUGAGGGCUCUUCAUGGAACCAAGUGACUCGGACUCAGGUAAUCCUGAUAAGCCUCGGCAUCAUGGCUGUUGCUACGGUUACGGUAUUGGGAUUUUCUACUAAGAUCUGCCAGCAGAUAUGUAAGAAAAAUAUACGGCGUGUAUAACUGUAACCAUACUUGUAUAAUACGAGAAUCAGAAGUUAAUAUGAAAUAUGUACAAAAUUGCAUUUGAAUAUCAA